AGUUACCCACUGUGUUCGCGAUAACCUACGAAUGGUAGUGCAGUACAGUGCAGUACAUAUUAGUUCGUCGAUACGUUCUGACGGAGGUUUAAUUAAUUGUUCACAUUUCUAUUCUCUUUUUGACUGAGAAUCUUCAUCAUGUCAAAAAUAUCAUUCGGGGAAUAUCCUGUGGAAUAUAAUAGACAAAUACACGGCCCGUAUGAUCCUGCUCGGUACUACGGAAAACCCGAUACACCAUUUGGUGAAGUGAAACUUGGCGAGUUACCUAAAUGGAUUCAACGACGUAACAUGGGAAUACGCCCCUUGAUGGGUUUAUUUUCACGAGCUUUUUGGCGCUGGCAACACAAAUAUGUACAGCCUCUAAAGACAGGUGUAGCCCCAAUUUUUCAAGUUGCUAUUGGAGCAUCAAUAAUGUUCUAUAUAUUCAAUUAUCCGCGUUUGAAGGCUCACAAGUCAUACAAGUACCACUAAAACAUGGAUGGAGAUAUUUUCAGUGAAAAUAGAAUACAAUGUUACAUUAGUUAAUAAGACAAAUGUGAACAGUUUAAAACACUUAUAAUAUAGCGAAAUAAAUAUUCCUUAAACAUUUAACUAUAAA